AUGUCUGGAGAAUCUCGCCCCUCGUAUCGUCCUGCCUUGCAAACUCAGCAGCAUAGCGGCGUCGAAAGUCCUACCAGGUCGCCUGAUACUUCGUCCAAUGACCUGCUCACCAUUCUCGACCAUAUGGCCACCAACGCAACUGAGAGCUGCGAGAUGGACGCUGUCACUGGCCAGAUGACAUUUGUCGGCCGCCGCGCUCAUGCUACUCUCUUCCGCACACUUACGCCGUACCUUCCCGAGAAAGCACUUCCUCCUACUGCCUCACUCGAGUCUGUCUUUGGUUUGACCAAUCGUACAAUCUCGCAGCCCUUCGUGUCGCUCUGGAACACAACGGCCCGCGUCACCGUUGAAGACAUUCUGCGCUCCCUGCCUUCUGCUGAGGCUUGUCUGCGGUAUUAUCAAACCUACCAACAAACCUGUCAUCCAUUCUUCCCCGUGAUCCCUGACAUCGGGGUGUUCGAGAGCAAACUUUGUCUGGUGCUUGAUCGGCUCGUUGUAGAAGCUGACAGGCCAUCGUCAUCUCCAAUGCAACUGGCUGCUCACUUGCCACGUCCCGAGCUGGUAGGCUAUGCCUUACUAUUUGCGGUCCUUGCCGCAGGGUGCCAAGGCUGUCUUGUUGUUGAAGGUGAUCAUCAGCUUGCUUUAUACUCUCGCGUGUUCGUGGCUUGCUCGUUUGAAUGCUUAAGCCUUGCCAACAUGUACGUCAAUCCCUCCUCGGAGUCGAUCCAGGCCAUCUUGAUUCUCGCGAGUGUUAAUUGCAACGACGGCAAUCCCGGCGUCACCAUGAGCAUGCUAGGCAUAGCUGCCCAGCAAGCGCAGGGUUUGGGCAUGCACACAAGCCUCUUUGGAGAGCCAUCAUGA